AAAACUCCAUCCCACUAAAACAGGCUGACAUUUCAGGUGUUCUUAAUUAUCAUCAUUUUCAUAGUAUUAUUCCAACCUCAGUGUGAAAAUAUAUAUAUAAAACGUUUUUGACUGCACUGGGCCUUUAAUCUCAAUAAAUAGUUUUUAAAAAAAAGUUAGUUUGGGAGCACGUCUUUCUCUGCCCAACUCACAGGAAGCCUACUGUAGACCCAGUCUGAACAAAGCACGAGGUAGACUAGCCACAGAGUCAUCGGACCAUCCCCCUGCGAGCCCACCAGUCUGCGUUGUAGAAAACCCUCUCACUCAAACAGCAGCAGCGGUACUGGCAGUACGAUCAAGGCCCUUCCUUCAGUCUCCACAGGCAAACUCCGUUUUCACACCGGCUGCCUUCUCCAGGCAUGGCUGACGGCUGUACCCAGUCAUGGCACUGCGACAUUACACCCUCGACUUCAACCUCUCAGCGCCAGCUGACUGUCCUUCGACUGUGCGUGGGCUGCAUUCUAUAUUUCAAGAGCAGGAAAUGACAGAGACUGUCCAUGACACUGAGGGACAUGGAUACCUUGCUACCUUCAUUGGCAAGAAUGGCAGGUUGGUUAUUCUGCGUGUGCACUCCCAAGGUCUGGUUACCGUUGAUCUGCAGUGUUGUGAAGGAGAUAACAUUGCACAAGUAGAUAAUCUUUUGAAUGCACUGGAAAAGAAGCUAAAAAGUCUCCUACAUGGAAACAUUAGGGGAGUCAAGAGGCUCCCAGCUCUGACACGAGGUGCAGCUGUUGAUCGAUACUGGCCUACAGCUGACGGCAGACUGGUGGAGUAUGACAUUGAUCGGGUUGUAUACGAUGAGGACUCUGCAUACCAGAACAUAAAGAUCUUGCACUCACAGCAGUUUGGCAAUAUCCUGAUCCUCAAUGGGGAUGUUAAUCUGGCAGAGAGUGACCUGCCCUACACCCAGGCCAUCAUGGGCAGAGGGAAAGAGAACUAUACAGGAAAGGAGGUGCUGAUCUUAGGAGGCGGUGAUGGAGGAAUCCUCGCUGAGGCCGUCAAACUCAAGCCAAAGAUGAUCACCAUGGUGGAGAUUGACCAAAUGGUGAUUGAUGGGUGCAGGACGCACAUGAGGAAGGCUUGUGGAAGUGUUCUGGACAACCUGAAGGGAGACUGUUACCAGGUGUUGGUGGAGGACUGUGUUCCGGUUCUGAAAAAGUAUGUGGAGGAAGGGAAGACGUUUGAUUACGUCAUCAAUGACCUCACAGCAGUUCCUAUCUCCACAGCGCCAGAGGAGGACUCUACAUGGGAGUUCCUACAGCUUAUCUUGGAUCUUUCAAUCAAAGUACUGCGUCCUACUGGGAAGUACUUCACACAGGGAAACUGUGCAAAUCUGACUGAGGCACUGGCUCUCUAUGAGGAGCAGCUGGGAAGGCUCUCAUGUCCUGUGGACUUUUCCAAGGAGGUGGUUUGUGUGCCCUCUUAUAUGGAACUGUGGGUUUUCUACACCGUUUGGAAGAAGUAAAGAGCUCCCUCUCUCCCAUUCAAGCCCUGCCUGCCGGAAUGUGAAAACUGUCCCCCCACCCAUGAUCCGCUAUCGCACUGAGGGGCGAUAUGACCCCCCCCCACCCCCCUGAAAAAAAACUAAAUCUCUACUCACACUUUUUUUUUUUUUUUAUCCUUCUAAGUCCAACUCUCAAACUCUUUUUAGAUGUUGGUUUUAUAAUUUUAUGUCUAAACUUGCAAGAGAUUGUAUUUCUGUUAAUUGGAUAUUUUGAGUUGGGCUGUUUUUGCAUAUGUGCUCCAGGGAGAGCUGUGGGGCUGCUACCACUGGAUACACUGAAACCUACUGUAGAGGAUGACUCAGCAUUUCUAUAGCUGGUCCCAGACCUGUCUGGGCUUUAGACUUCUCUGACUAUAGCCUGGUCCCAGACCUGUCUGGGCUUUAGACUUCUCUGACUAUAGCCUGGUCCCAGACCUGUCUGGGCUUUAGACUUCUCUGACUAUAGCCUGGUCCCAGACCUGUCUGGGCUAUAGACUUCUCUGACUAUUUUUGUCAUGCCAUACAUGUUACAUGUCUUAUACAUGUUUGAAAGGGCAACAAUACUCCUGAGAAGUUGCCUGAAGCUCAUAGAGAUCUGGGACCAGGCUAUAGUCAGAGAAGUCUAAAUCCGACAGGUCUGGGACCAGGCAAAUAUUGACACACUUUAUGCACCUGUCCCUCUGGGUUACUUUUCACAUUUGGGUUAUAAAAGCAGCACCAACAUACAAUAGCUUUUGGGUUCUGAUUGUGUGAUAGAAUAUGUGCUCUCCAUAGUUUCAACUGAAUGUCUGUUUGUGAUUGUUUUUCCUCUUCUGUUGUAACUGUGGCGUGAGUGUGAUUUUUGAUUACAGGUGCUUGUCAAGAUGUUGAAAAGGCAGUGUGACCCUGCCCAUUGAGGCUGAAGUGUCCGAACGUGUUUUUAAAAGGGAAAAGGGUCCUCCUUUGUGGCGGUUUCUUGCUUGUAAUGAUUUUUUUUUACAUACUUCGUUUUAAAUUGGUCUAAAAUUCUGUUUGGUGCAUAUGUGCUGGAAAAGGAAGUUGUUAUUGAAUGUAGCUUACCAUAUACACAGUGCACAUUCAUGCCUUUUGAUGAUUAUUGUGGUGCUUUGUUACAUUUAUUUAUUGGAUAUUAUUUCACCAAAUGUUGUUUUAUCCCACUGGAAAAAAAUGUAUGUUCAGCAGUGACUACCUGCUAUUAAAACGAGUUGGAGAAUAAAAUAUUUGGUUUCUUUC